AAUGACAGAAAGUACUAAAUUCGAAGAAGAUUGUAUGCAAUCUUCACCUAAUGCUGGUUUUACUUCAGAAGAUGAAUUAGUUGUGUUUAGAGCAAGGAAAGUAGCCAUAAUUACUGGUAUUUCUGGACAGGAUGGUUCUUAUCUGGCUGAAUUUUUGCUUUCAAAAGGAUAUAAAGUUCACGGGAUUAUUCGUCGUUCUUCUUCAUUUAACACUGCUCGUAUUCAACAUCUUUAUUCUGACCCUAAAACUCAUGAGGGAAGUGCCAGUUUUUCUUUACAUUAUGGAGAUAUGACAGAUUCAUCUUGUCUCAUAAAAUUAAUCAACACUAUUCAACCAACAGAAAUAUAUCACUUGGCUGCCCAAAGUCACGUCAAAGUUUCUUUUGAUUUGCCUGAAUACACAGCAGAGGUAGAUGCUGUUGGAACACUUCGUUUAUUAGAUGCAAUUCACGCUUGUGGAUUGUCUAAUAAAGUACGUUUCUAUCAGGCUUCGACAUCUGAAUUGUAUGGAAAAGUACAAGAAGUGCCACAAAAAGAAACAACGCCUUUCUAUCCUCGAUCACCUUAUGCUGUUGCUAAAUUAUAUUCUUAUUGGAUUGUAGUUAAUUAUCGAGAGGCAUAUAAAAUGUUUGCGUGUAACGGAAUUCUUUUUAACCAUGAAAGUCCACGACGAGGAGAAACUUUUGUAACAAGAAAAAUAACUCGAGGAGUUGCGAAAAUAGCACUUAAUCAACAACAAUUUAUUGAAUUAGGUAAUAUAAAUGCUCGUCGUGAUUGGGGACAUGCUCGGGAAUAUGUUGAGGCUAUGUGGAUGAUAUUACAACAUAAUGAACCUGAUGAUUUUGUUAUUGCUACAGGAAAAUUUUAUACAGUUCGAGAAUUUGUUGAAUUGGCAUUUAAAGAAAUUGGAAAAGAAAUAAUGUGGGAAGGUGAAGGAAUAAAUGAAAUUGGAAUAGAGAAAGGAACAAAUAUUUUGCGUGUUAAAGUAAAUCCAAAAUUCUAUCGACCAACAGAAGUUGAACAAUUAAUUGGUGAUCCAACUAAGGCAAAGGAGAAACUUGGUUGGAGUGCUAAAAUUAGUCUUAAAGAACUUGUACAUGAAAUGGUACAGAGCGAUAGUGAAUUGAUGAAGAAAAAUCCUUUGGCAUAAAUAUAAGUAUUAAAAUAUUUUUUGGAAGAAAACGCAAAAAAUGAUGGAAUAUAUGUGAAGUA